UGCUCUUGUGGGCGGAGCGCAAAUUCCGGUUCCGGGUGUUUUUAUAUYGCAGUCGGAGGCUUUCGAAGACCUCUGAUUAUGAUAUUAAAUCAGAAAAAUCUCUCGACUCGCUCCGAUUGAAACAGUUUUCUUUUAUUUAAGGAAGUUCCACUAAAAUCCGUGAAUAUGACGACCCGCUCGGAGAGGGAAAAGGCCCAGAAACUCAACGAGCAGCACCAGGCCAUCCUGUCCAAAAUGCUGAGGGAGGAAGACAACAAGUACUGCGCCGACUGCGAAGCGAAAGGUCCUAGAUGGGCAUCCUGGAAUCUGGGAGUUUUCAUUUGCAUCCGGUGCGCAGGCAUCCAUAGGAACCUGGGUGUACACAUAUCCAGAGUGAAAUCAGUCAACCUGGACCAAUGGACCACAGAACAAAUCCAGAGUAUACAGGACAUGGGUAACACAAGGGCCAGGCGGCUUUACGAGGCCAAUCUUCCAGACAGCUUCAGAAGACCUCAAACGGACCAAGCAGUUGAAUAUUUCAUCAGGGAUAAAUACGAGAAGAAGAAAUAUUACAACAAGAAUGCGAUCAAUGGGAGCAGUCCGAAAGACAGAAAAGAAGACAGGGAGCCGGACAGAGCGAGCAAGGUGUCCUCUUACACCAAGAGCGAAGAGUCCAAGCCAGUCCCCAAAGUCAGCCCUGCUAAGUCUUCAGAACCUUCUGUGAACCUACUAGGCCUUGACGCACCAGCCGCCGCAUCAACCAACAACACUAGCACGAGCACAAGCCAGAGCAACGACCUGGAUAUAUUCGGCCCCAUGGUGUCCAACCCCCUCCCGUCGUCCACAUCCACAGCUCAGUUCUCUCAGGUGAGCUCCAGCGACUCGGCCAGUACUCCGACACAACCUCCAGCUGCUGCAGGAGCGGCUGCAGGAGGAAACGGAGCCAGCUCAGGGUCAGGACAGGGCGACCUCGACCUGUUCGGUGAAAGCGGUAGCACCACUAAAACCGAGGACGCAGCCAAGAAGCCUCUGUCCAAGGACUCCAUCCUGUCUCUGUAUGGAACCAACAGCAUGCCUCAACAAGCCCCCGCUGCUGGCAUGUUCAUGGGCCCCUCUCAGAUGCAGUUUCCUGUCCAGGCUCCUGCCGGCUACCAGGCUUUCCCUGGGAUGGGCACAGCCGUGCCCCCCACCACCGUCAUGGGUGCCAUGAUGGCUCAGAGCGGGGCGGCCAUGAUGGGACCCACACCGGGCAUGAUGGUUGGGAUGACGAUGCCGAACGGCUUCAUGGGGAACGGGCCACCCGCCGGCAUGAUGGGCAUGACCCCCAGGAUGAUGGGACCACAGGGGGCUCCGAUGCCUGCGGGCAUGGUGCCGGCUCAGGGCAUGUACGCCAUCCAGCCGGGGCAGCAGGCCCAGUGGAACAUGGGUCAGGUGAACCAGCAGAUGUCAGGAUUGACUCUGAACGGUGCAGGAGGUCAGAUGGCCUUCGGUCAGCCCCCAACAGCCAUGGGCGGGUGGGCCUCGGCUGGAUCUGGCCAGACUCUGAGCACGCAGCUAUGGAAGUGAGCCUGGCAGCGGGUCGAUGGGUGGGUAGAGUGAGAGCCGAGGUUGCAGAAAGUGCAAAAACAUCCCUUGUGCAUCUUUGGACCUCACUGAGAAUCGAUGGCCAUUUCCAUCACGGACCAGCCUUCAGAACAUUAAACAAAAAAAAUUGUAUCUUUUUCUCCUUCUCCUUUUUCUGUCUCUCUUUCUCUCUAUUGUGUGAGUGAAUUGGGAGUUCUACAGGAUUUCAGCCUGGCAGUUUCUGCCUGUCGUAUGGUUUUGGAUCAUAAAUUUAAUUUUCCUUUUUUGGAAAAAAAAAUACAAGAAAAUAACAGUCCCGACAUCGACAUAUCAGUAAAGCUGCAGGACCAGUUACAAGCUUUUAUUGUAUCACUGUAUCAUUAUAAGAUUAUAGAACAUUUAAAUGAAUAGUAUUUAACGGGAGAGGGUUUGACUAUCAAAUCAGUCAGUACUGCUCCCUAAUGUACAGCACUGUAUAACCUUCUUUUAAAGUACUUGUGGUUCCCCUAUAAAAUUAAAGUGAUAGCAAUAA